AUAUCCGUGUCAUGUGAUCACAUUGUGCACUUUUCAGGAAACGCGAGAAUCACAGGCUGACAACCAGCUCUGGGAGUGGAGUCUGAUGGGUUCGACUAUCUGGAUUUAACAUGGAGUGUAAGAAUGAACACCGCUGUUGAUCGUAGGGGAUGUGUUUGGGAUAUUGUUGUUUGCAUUGUAGGACGCUUCUGACAGAGCUGAUCUUCGCGCAUUUUAGAUGUGGGGCCUCUCACGUCUUCUCUUUAAAGUCGGGUAACUGACCAACAGACGCACGAAACGUCAUAUCAGCCAUGGCCUCUGACAUCACCUAUCACGAUGGUCCGCCUUUCUCCCGGAUAGAGGACAGUCCCAUGCAGGAAGAGCAGCCUGCAGAAUCGCCGGGCCCUCUGAGGGUCCAGAACGAGUACGAGCGCAUCGGCGGAAGAACUGGGUCCUCUUUCUUCCAGACCUUGAUCCAUUUAUUGAAGGGAAACAUCGGCACAGGGCUACUGGGCUUGCCUCUGGCUGUGAAGAAUGCUGGCAUUGUGGUGGGUCCCCUCAGUCUGUUUGUCUUGGGGAUUGUGGCCAUACACUGCAUGAGCCUACUUGUGAAAUGUUCUCAUCACCUGAGUGCCAAGAUGGGCAAACCUUUCCUAAAUUAUGGAGAAGCAAUGGAGUAUGGCAUGGAAAAUGUUUCUUGGUUGAGGAGGCACUCCGUUUGGGGAAGACAUGUGGUGAAUCUGUUCCUGAUCAUUACUCAGUUGGGAUUCUGCUGUGUCUACUUUGUGUUUCUGAGUGACAAUGUCAAACAGAUAGUGGAAGCAGCGAAUGGAACGACGUGGAACUGCCAGAGCCACACCAACGAGACCACAGUGAUGGUUCCCAGCAUGGACUCCCGGCUCUACAUGCUCAGCUUCCUGCCCUUCAUGAUCCUGCUAGUGUUCACACGCAACCUCAGUAUUUUGGCGCCAUUCUCCACACUCGCCAACCUCGUCAUGGCUGCUAGCCUGGUGCUAAUCUAUUACUACUGUUUCACGAAUAUUUCGCUCCCCAUCGACCUGCCACUGGCGGGAAAUGCAAGGGACUACCCUCUCUUCUUUGGAACAGCGAUUUUCGCCUUUGAGGGGAUCGGAGUGGUACUGCCCCUGGAGAAUAAGAUGCAGAAGCCGCAGAACUUCAGCAUGGUCCUUUACGUGGGCAUGGGCGUCGUAACCUUUCUCUACAUCAGCCUCGGCACCAUAGGCUACCUCUGUUUCGGGGAGCACAUUGGUGGGAGCAUUACCCUAAAUCUUCCCAACUGCUGGAUGUAUCAGAUCGUGAAGCUGCUCUACUGCUUUGGCAUCUUAAUAACCUACGCCCUCCAGUUCUACGUUCCGGCUGAGAUCCUGAUCCCUCAGGUGGUGAGGCGUGUGUCGGGGCGCCUAGAGCUGGUGGUGGACCUCAGCAUCCGAGUGGCUCUCGUUACCUUCACAUGUGCUCUGGCCAUCCUGAUCCCAGAGCUGGACCUGGUCAUCUCCCUGGUGGGCUCCAUCAGCAGCAGUGCCCUGGCCCUCAUCAUCCCGCCGCUGCUGCAGAUCCUCACCUUCCACAACGAGGGCCUCUCCUGGGGGGUGAGGCUCAAGAACAGCCUCAUCAGCACGGUGGGCCUGGUGGGCUUUGUGACCGGUACCUAUAUCUCCAUCGAGCAGAUCAUUGCCCGCAAUGCCGCCCGCCACAAGGGGAUGUCCUUCCAGGUGAUGUGAAGAUGAUGGUGGAGGAAGAGGAGAGGUGGAAAGGAAGUUUCUGACAGAUGAUUUUGGACUGGCAUCCUCUUUUUUUGUAAAUGCUGCUUCAUCCAUUGAUUUUGAUUCCUUCCCCAGAUUUACUACUGUUAUUACGAUUAUGUCUUUAUUACGAGUAUCAGAGUGUUUUUACAUCAGUUGAUGUGUAGGUACUGUUUUACUGUGUUUGAUACUGAACGGGGUGCAGUCGUUGCAGUCCCAUCAGGUAUUCUGGGAAAGCUCUUUAUUUGCAAGGCCUUGAUUUGUCCUGCUUCAUCUCGAUUUUAACAUUUCUAGAUAUUUCAAGCUUUUGACUAUUAAUUAGCUAAUUUACUGUGGCUUUUUGUUUUAUUUUUGUUUUUUUAUGACCACACAUUGUAAAUCACAUAUUGUAAAUUAUGUCCCUUAUUAGACAUUAUUGUGUACAUUUCAGGAAAAUAUUCUAGCUGUUGUAUGGGCAGCUGAAAGGGAUUUCAAUGAACUUCCAAUGUUUAGUUUAUAAGUGGUCUCUGACCUAUUGGUGUAUCUUAUGCUGAAGUUGAUGUGCAUAUAAUGGCAACAUAUACUCAUUGCUCCAUCUUUUCAAUGCAUUAUUUGCUAAUGUUGUUUAUUAGGUACUGACCAGAACAGGAUGUGUACACUUCCCUGAACACACUCUAGAUUUGAAAGUUACCAAGAAAAGGCCUUGGUCCUACGGUUGAAUAUGGGUUAGAGUUUCUUCAGUUCCUGACCGAAGUCCCUGCGCACUGAACAAACUCCCCGCGGAGGACAACGCCCCUAUUUUAAAGCUCAUUCUCUUUAAAGGCUGAUAAUCGGGAGCAGUUCUAUUUUAACGGACCACCCUCCUUAGCUGUGGGGCUUUGCUUGUCUGAGACCGACCAGAGUCUCACUCUCAAACGGUAUGCUCAAAAAGACUUGGAAGUAUUUGUCUCCUCAAUGUGGUUUGAAAAGAUAGGGAAAGAUCAAAGGGGUGAGGAAAUGGUGUGGGCCCGUGUGACAGAAGACAUUAGACAAAACGGAAGCGUAUAGAAUUCAACAAGAUGAGUGCAUUUUCAGGUCUCCGACUAAAGUGAAAAUUAAAUUCCUCUUGUAAUGCACCAUUAAAGACAGUGUCUGUCCCUGUGCUGCCUUGUCAGUUGAUGUUUUGGUGAAACUUGCAAAGCAAGGUGUGUAGACAGGACUGAAGUGUUCUUUUCUUGCUUUUAAGGGGUUUUUAUUUUUUACUUUCUUUUCCAGUACCAAACUCCAUUUUAAUUAUUUAUCGACUGUCUUUUGAAGGUUUUUUUUUUUUUUUUAAACAAUUUGUGAUGAAAUGCUUUGAAAUGUUGUGAUUAUUAGAUUAUUACAUCAGAGUUAUAACCUCAAAAUGUUAGGUUUAGGACUGAUGUAUUCUAGAAGAGAAAAACCUUUCAAGGGUGGAAAAUUAGCUGAAAUAUAUUCGCUUCUGUAUUCUUCUCUUGUUCUGCAAAGCCAGGCAUAAUUUGGUCAGUAAAACAACCCUUGCUUGAUUUUAAGUCUAAACACACAUUUCGAAUUAUUAUUAUUGUUUAUUUAUUUAUUUUUGCAUCUCUGCAACUUACCCAUCUUAACAGCAGCCACAGCUCUGCAUAGCCACUCUGUACACAUAUUAUGAUCAAAUGCCAGGUUUAAAGUUAUCAGCAUUUUUUGCAUCUCUGCAACUUACCCAUCUUAACAUUAGCCACAGCUCUGCAUAGCCACUCUGUACACAUAUUAUGAUCAAAUGCCAGGUUUAAAGUUAUCAGCAUUUUUUGCAUCUCUGCAACUUACCCAUCUUAACAUUAGCCACAGCUCUGCAUAGCCACUCUGUACACAUAUUAUGAUCAAAUGCCAGGUUUAAAGAUAUCAGCAUUUUUAGAAUAAAAUAUUACCUUCUUUUAAAGCUACUUGAUUAGAAUAGGUUUUCUUAAUGUUUCUUUUAAGUGUUAAGUUUGUAAAACCUUAAUGACACUGUACAUACUGCUUGCCAAAAAUGUCAUUAAAUGAUUGACAAAGAAGCCACAUUUGCAGUCUGACACUGCGCAGGAUAAUUUUGCACAUUGCUGGUUAUGACACGCUCUCAGCCUGAAGUCUCUCUUCUCUUCAGCAGAGGUUCUCAACUGUGGAGCUCACGGUUCCUCAAGUCUCUUGCCUUCCAGCCAUUCAUUAGUUUUACUCAAGUGAUUAAUUAGUGAAUUAGAUCAUGAGCCUAACGAUGAAUGUCAGAUGGGAGGUAAAACAAUGCUGAAGAGGUCUUGAACGGGACAAUCUGCAAAGGCACGGUUGAUGACCUGUGCUGAUGGUUAUUUGUAGUUCACAUGUUAGUUGUUCUCCACGGGAUGUACUCUCUGUCAGUGAUGCUUUGUCAAGGUAUGCCAUGAGGUGCUAUGACACAGUGUAAAAUAAAAUGGCACAUUUUGAUGAAA